AUGCUGUGGGGAACCCUAUUCCCCGGGUUCUCCACGGCAUUCAUCUUCGGAUCCACCCAGGAGCAAGACUUCUGCUAUCAGCUCGAUCUUGAGAAUUGUUUCCGAGAGAUAUUCAUGGCUGUCAUGUUGCCGCCGGAUCGUCGCGUUCGCGAGGUGCCACAGCUAUUUGGAAAUAUGUCGAGAGGCCAAUCCGGACUUCGAAACCUUAUGCUUUGCCAUGAUGUCCGCCGGAUAGCCCUCUGCUUCACCUUCCCCGGAUGUUCAGAUGAAAUGGCAGCUCAUGUAGCCGCCGUGCAAUACCAUAUGGUUUUCGGCAAAAAGCUCCCAAUCCAAGUGUUCCUCUCCUACCGUGGAUUCGGGAAGCUGGUCUGCGAACAAGGAUGCCAUCAGCAUUCACUCGCCAUGUGCAAACAGCAAAUGGCCGACAGCCGACAGGACGACCAGUCAAAGAUGCUCAACUUGGUGCAAUUGGCGGAUGCUGUUGCUCAGACGCGGGACGCUGAGGGCUGUCGACAGUUUAAGGGUGCCCUGCAGUCUGUGCUCCGUGAUCGGGCAAAAGUUUGUGGCGAGGCAGCAAAGUGCACAUGCAUGGAACCGGGUUUGCAACCGGGCCUCAGCCAUUGCCAUGCCGGCUGCGAACAUUUGCUCCAAAUUCCCGCCAAUCACUCCACAUACCCGGGAAUCAUUUUGUCUUUCGUCGCCUUUAUAUCAACAUUAUUACUACAGCAAUUACAAUUUUAUGCC